GUCAUGAAUGGGCUGCCCUCGGCCGAGGCGCCGGGUGGCGCUGGCUGCACCCUAGCCGGGCUCCCCCCGCUGCCGCGCGGCCUCAGCGGUCUCCUGAACGCCAGCGGGGGCUCGUGGCGGGAGCUGGAGCGCGUCUACAGCCAGCGCAGUCGCAUCCACGACGAGCUGAGCCGCGCCGCCCGUGUCCCAGAUGGGCCCCGCUACGCUUCAGGCGCCACCAACGCGGGAGCCGCCGCCGGUCCCCCCGGCCCGCGCCGUCCUGUCAAUCUCGACUCCGCACUAGCAGCGCUGCGCAAAGAGAUGGUGGGGCUGCGGCAGCUGGACAUGUCCCUGCUGUGCCAGCUGUGGGGCUUGUACGAGUCAAUCCAAGACUAUAAGCACCUGUGCCAAGACUUGAGCCUGUGCCAGGACCUGUCAUCCUCCCUGCAUUCAGACAGCUCCUAUCCACCUGAUGCUGGCCUAUCUGAUGACGAUGAGCCUCCCGAUGCCAGCCUGCCCCCGGACCCGCCACCCCUCACUGUGCCCCAGACACACAACGCCCGUGACCAGUGGCUGCAGGACGCCUUCCACAUCAGUCUCUGAAGAGCUGGGGGUGGGGGGCACAUGCUAAAGGCUCAGAAACUCACCCAUAGUAAGUACUCAGACUUCUAGUGCCUGCUUUCCCCAGUACCACCUCAGUUGACAAGAAGGCAAGGCCUGGGCCCCUCAGAGGCAAAAAUUGCCAACCCCCUCUCUCCUGACUCUGGUUAGCUGGCACUGGGGCAGGCACCUGGGCUACAGCAUUUGCCCAUGGCCCUGGACCUCCACUUCUCCCACGUGUGUGCGCCCCAGCCUGGCCGACCUGCAGUCUGGCGGUGGUGGGGCAGAGUGUCUGGCCCUCCCCUUAGCAUCUCUAGGAUUGGGAUGAGUGCCUGGUUCCCAUCACCUUUUCACCUUUUGCCGCUUCUGGCAGCUGCUGGCUCAGGGGCACCCCACCUCUGGUCCCAGGGUUCCACUGCUCUAGACCAGGGCAUUCCCAUUCCUGCACCCAUCCGCGGCCAGGAGGGCCAAGGCUCCAUGCUGGAUAUUUAAGUUUAGGGGCCAGACUCCUGGGCACGUAGGUAAAUAAAUACUCUCUCAGCGUU